AUGGAAGUGCUAAUAUGCAGUCAUCUGGGUGUUCGAGUUAUGGAUCAACGAAAGCUGAACCAAUGGCAUCAGUUACUGGAGUCGAUGGAUUAUUCCCGGGCGAUGCUCCAAGCUCUGCACGAUCAAUGCUCCAUCGUCAUUAUCCCCACGUCCCAAUUACUCCGAGAGCGCUUCAGGCGUGCCACAUUAUUUUUGCAACUGUUGCAGGCUCAAUCCAACGAACUGAUCGAAUCGGAAGACACCGCGUUCACGUUCUCCAGCAUGGACGGGGAUGAAUUGAACACACAUCUGAACCCUCCGAGACACACGGAGUUGCCCGUAUCCGUCCAACUCGAACUGGCUCGCGUACGAAAAGAUCAAAUUCAGGCAUCUUAUCAGGAGCCCAAAUCCGCGAAUUCUUUGGAAGUUGCCCAACUGGAUCAAGCGUACAAGGAACUUCACGAAAAAUUGAACGCACAACUUACACGAACAGAGCAGCUGGUCGCACGAUUGCAAGCGCAGGUCCCUGUGAACGGGAUUAGUACGGAUAACCAGUCACACAAUCCAGACAUUCCAAAUGGGGAGUCUGAAGAAUGGGAAUCUGACGUACGUGACAGUAUCUAUGGCAGUUUCCAUUUCAUUCCACGUGACACAAACUCUAGGCUACUUCUUUGA